AUGCUGCAGCAAAUUUUGCGUGAUAUGUAUAUUGACCCUGAGCUCCUGGCAGAGCUGAAUGAAGAGCAAAAGCAGAUCUUGUUCUACAAAAUGAGAGAAGAGCAGCUGAGGCGCUGGAAGGAGAGGGAAGAAAAAGCACGAAUGGAGGAGGCCGUGCUGAGAAAGACAGCGAGGCGCAAACAGAGUAAUGGCAAACAUGUGCAGUGGCUACGUGGGAAGGAUGGUGAGGUCUGGGUCUGGGUUAUGGGAGAAGCCCCAGGUGACAAGCCGUAUGAACAGAUAUCAGAGGAGCUAAUAGCAGAGCGAGCCAGGCAACAAGCACAGAAGGAGGCAGAAGAACUAUGGAGACAAAAGGAGGCUGAAAUUACAAAGAAAUUCCGGGAUGCUAUGGCUCAAGAAAAAGCCAGAAUAGUGGCAGAAAAAUGGAAAAUAGAAAUAGAAGAUCGGAAAGCUGCCAAAGUGGAGGAGGAAAAAAUUCAGGAAGAACUGAAGAAAAGAGAAGAAGAGGAAAGACAAAAAGGUGAAGAACAAAUAAGGCUGCAGGAAGAAAUCCGGGCAAAAGAGUUGUAUCUGAGCCUCAAGCAAGCUCAGCAGCAUAGUCAACACAGUGACGAUGACCAGGAGUGGGAAGAACAGUUGCGCCGCUCCAAAGCUGCAGAUGAGGAAAGGAGCCACAAAGCACGCAGGGCCCGGGAUGAAUACCAACGACAAUCCUUGCGUGCCAUCCAGAAGGGAAGAGUGGCUGGCCUGAGUAACUUGUUCCAAGGGACAAGCCUCAAUAACGAUCAGGAGAUAAAAUUGAACAACAACAGUGCAAGUCCUUUGCUGUCUCUCUCUGCAGCAUCCAGUAACAUCUGGGAGCGUCCUUCUAGACCCUUUUCCCGAGACGUCAUUAUUCGCUGGUUCAAGGAAGAGCAGAUCCCUCGACGUGCUGGGUUUGAGAGAAACACUAACAGGAUUGCUCAAUGGUUUCAUGGUAUUAUCAGCCGUCAGGAGGCAGAAGAAUUGUUGAUGAAUAAAUCUGAAGGAACAUUCCUGGUGCGAGUCAGUGAGAAAAUCUGGGGCUAUGCGUUGUCUUAUCGCCAGCAAAGUGGGUUCAAACACUUCCUGGUUGAUGCUUCAGGAGAUUUCUACAGCUUCUUGGGAGUAGAUCCAAACCGACAUGCAACACUGACAGAUCUUAUUGAUUUUCACAAGGAAGAAACCAUCACAUCCUCAGGUGGGGAGCUACUACUGGAGCCAUGUGGACAGCAGAAGAAUCCACCAGACUACAGUCCUUUAUUUGAAUAACUGAUCCAGGACUAAGAGGAAUGCAUUCUGGAUAGCUGUAGUAAUAGAUAGCUACAAACGUAAACACUGAAAAGUAGUUACCAAACUUCCAAAGCCACUGGUCUUGUGGCCAAAAAGAUCCUCAUUAGAAGGCCCAAAACAUUUCUGUUUUGCAUCUGAAUUAUCAUCAUUAUGCACAUUGCUAAUGUUUUAAAGGUGAGAAAUUACUGGCAAAUUACAAAUGAGGACUAUUUCCAGAAAUUUUUCAAGGGCUUGUGGCCAAUUGCACUGAAUGCUAAGUUCCUAUCUUAAGUUUUUGAAUGUCCAAGAUUGAAAAUGCAAAAUGCAGCAAAAAGUAUGGGUGGGAACUAUUCAUGGAGUAUUGUAUGAAGUACCAAUAUUGGUGAUCAGAUUCUUUUUUCCAAAGCAAGGUUUGUUGGUUUCUGUUGACAAUCUCAUUACUCAGUGGUGCACAUUUGUUACCGAGAGAAGCAGUCUUAAAACGUCCUUUUGCAGACUGUGAUUACUUAAAUGGUUAGGUGUAGCUGGAAACUUGCCAUUGUGCUUUUGAAUUCAGGCCUACAAAGUUCACCACAGCAGAGGCAGAAUAAGGUCACUCACAUUUUAUUUACAAUUUCAUGCAGUCCAACAGCCUUGGAAAGAAUUUUACUCCUGUACACAAAGUAGUCAGUUUAUUCUAAACUAGUUAUUGUAAUGAAACCAGUUUGAUUUGCAGCAACAAUUCGUCUCAUGUGCCUUGUCAUGUUUUCUGCUUUUUGAUGCGCGAGAUAAAUGCUAGAGUUUCCUGGCUUUACUCUGCUGUGGGACCAGGUAUUUUCUUUGGCUGAGCUAUGAGUGAAGAUGGGGGUGGUAUAUUAAUCCAUUUAAAAGGUAAGAAUAAUUACAUUCUCAUCAUGCUACGUCAUGUUUAAAAAAAGAUGCACACAAUGUGUUCUCAAUCCAUUUGUUAGACAUACUAAACCUAAUGAAAAUAGAUCUGUAGCCUAGAUCUAUGGAGCAGUUGCUUAAUGUUUGGACUAUUUAAAAGAAAAAAAAAAAAAAAAAAAAAAAAAAGAAAGAAGAAAACCCUCAUCACAGUAGCUAAUUUGCCCUCCUGAAAUUUGUGUCUUAGCAGUCCUUGCACUCUGGGCUGUCACGCAGUAUAGCUGUAGUCCUGCAUUGUUUCACUGGUAAACUAGAUACAACCGAGGCAGCCAAUUCAGGAAAUGGAGUAAAAGAGUUGCAGAACUGUUACUGUUGCGUUCCUGUGCUCCUUGCUCUAUUCCCAUGAAUGGCCAGAUACAAAAUGCUGGGAAUAGAAGUACUCUUCUCAGCUCCAAACAUUAAUUUCACAGGGCAAUAUUUCAAAUAACAGGGUUGUGACAGUUUUGUAUGCAACUGAUUUGUUUCAAGAGUGAAGUGAGGGAAAUAGUUGUGUACCUAUUGGUUAGUCUCAUAGUCAUGCUUUUAAUAAGCAGUUUCUCAGUACUUAGUACUUUUUCAUAUGCGAUGUGUAUUUUAAGAUGUAAAUUGAACCAAUCCACAUGUGGUACUGUACCUCAAUGUUUGUUUAUUUUUUUCCUGGAAAUCUCUGAACGCAUAGGAAAGUCACAGUGAGUGUAUUUCUAUAUGCUACUGUCUUGGGCAGUCUCUGAAUUCACAUGUAUUUCAGUGAAGACUUCCCUCCUGAAUCCCAUGUAAAUCCAUCUCACCUAAAAUAGUCAUUUCUUAAGACUCACUGUUACCUUCUAUACUUUGUCUGGCCUAGAUGGUAAGCUCAUCUAGGAAAAGAAUAAUAAAUACCUGUAGUAAUAAUAGAAAAAAUUCUUCAUAAUUAAUUCUACAGUUAGCCCAUAUUACAAUACAGAUUUUUGCAGACAUACUUCAUUGUUGUUCAGGAAAAUGUUCUUUGGUUAACAUUGCUUUUUGUGUGAUGUAAUCCAUCAACGUUUGUGACCCAUGAAAAGAAAAUUCUAAUGAACUUCCCACAGAGACUUACCUCGACAAUUUUUGUACUAAUCACUUGGGACACUGGCUCAGAAGGUUUUAAAUAGUUACUGUUAGCACCUCAGGACAGGGCAAAUAAGCAACGCUUAUUAGCUGGAGCAGCUGCUGUUAGUGCACAGUGCUCAGGUGAGGUGGCAGCUGGGCUUUUCACAACAAGUAGUCUUACAGAGGUAGGACAUUCUUUAGCUAUGUGCCUGAUACCCUGAGAAAAAAAAAGUGACUUGGCAGCCAGAUAAAGGGUCAAGAUACCCAGUCAGUCUCAAAAUGUUGUUAAAGCGUGGUCCUUUGCAGGUUACCGGGGGCUGGAUUCUCGGAAUGGAAUACAGCUCUGCAAUUCUGAACGUAGUAACACUUACGUAGGCCUCUAGUAGGAUCUAUAGUCUCCGUUAAAUGAGAAGCCUGGUAUGUAUGAUCCGGGAUCAGAAUACACCUGGUACAGGUAUAUGCAGACAUUGAAUCCAGUUACCAGAAUUUGGAGCUUAGCACAAAGUAAUUAAUUCACUGUGCUUCAAAUAUGGACUCUCUAAAAUAAUAACAGAGUAAGUUGCUUUUUUCCAAAAGAACAUUCACUAGGUGCAAUCGACCUCCUCCAAAGAGCCCCAGUAUCUACCAGCUGCUUCCUCUGAAAAACAAGCUCUACACUUGGUCUCCCUCUACACAGGCAUCUCAGGUACCACCCCAGCCUCAGGUUAUUCAUAGGUGCACUUCUUCCACCACAGAACAACUGGACCCCUACUUUAAAGAACAGAAAGGGACUUUUUAAAGUUAAAAAAUGUAGGUAUCCGUAGACGUACUUCUGAGGCCAGAGAGCAGCAGCUGGCUGCACAGGACUGAGGGUCUAAAGGUGCUAUGGAGUAAUGAAGGUGGUAUUUAGACACCUAGACAUCUCUGCAGGCUAUCGUUUUGCCUUUAUGAACUGUAAAAAAAAAAAAAAGGGGGGGGGGAGCAAAAUGCUGCCUUUGACAAAGGUUCUAGGCAUACUAGAAAAGAACAAAUAUCUUUUCCAAAGGUUUUGGAAGAUUACUCAACCCAAUGUAUGCAAUUUUGGGAAUGUUUAUAGACAGAAUUUUGAAGAACUUGUUCCAUAAGAAAUUCAGAGACUUAUAACAAUAAAGCUAUUUAUUUCUAGUGAUGCACUUCCCAACAACUGUUUGCAUUUUGUUUAGCUGAUAAGAAGGCUUGGAAAUAUUAGCUCUUUAGCUUAUGUGUCCUUGUGAUGCAAUUAACAUCAGAACAGCAUCAUCAUUUUCACUUCAGAGCACAUUUCCUACUUUUAAUUUUCUAAGUUUUUAUGUCUGAAUUCCAUCCAUUUCUCAUUUUGUGUUUUACCUAGCUUUAAAAUAAAUCCCUUGUAAGUUCCCCUGCAAAUGAAAUUACUUGGAAAACUGCAAUUUCAUCUGAGAGCUUUAUUAUGCUAAUAAAUGUCAGAAUUCUCAAGUAAAGGAAUUGCUUUUUUUUCCAUAGCCUCACAGAAAUAAUGAAAAAUAGCUGGCCAAUUCAUAUAGUUACCAGGGAAGAAAAACGCAACAGUAUGUAACCAGCAGCAGCAAUAAAAUACAGUGCAACUAAACUGAAGACAGAUUUUGAAGGAAACAAAAGGAGAUCAUAGCAAGCAGAAAUUAAGAAGAACAGAAGCUUUCCUUGGCAGAGAUGUGCAGCUGCUGCCAGUACACUUGAGGGCUGUGGGCGAAGUGCAGGCUUGGAGAUGUUUCCUAAGCUAAUAAAUGCUUCUUGUUGCCUUCCAGAAAAUAAAUGGACUAUGAAAAGGUAACCAGUUAGUAGAAA